AUGGAGACCGAACAGAAUUCCCAAAUCCCCUUCCUGGAUGUCCUGGUCCGAAGGAACGAAGAUGACACCCUAAGCCAUAACGUCUACCGCAAACCAACGCACACGGACCGAUACCUCCACGCAAACUCCCACCAUCACCCCGCCCAAAAGAAUUCGGUAAUCAGCUCUCUAGUCCACAGAGCACUCUCCAUCUCGGAACCAGCCGCCCUGAACGGAGAGCUAAACCACCUUCACCGAACCCUGACCAGGAAUGGAUACAGCAGCAGAAACAUCAACCGUACAAUCAAGAAGCUGACCAACAAGGAACCCGGCCAGAACAAAACCACGACACCAGAGACAGAGAAAGAGAAGAUUAAGGCAGUAGGACUCCCAUACGUCAGAGGGACCACGGACCGCAUCAGCAGAAUCCUGAGCAAACACGACAUCAAAGCGAUUUUCAAACCUUUCAACAAGCUCUCACAAAUGCUCCCCAAUCCCAAGGACCGGAGACCCCCUUUGACAGCCCCAGGGGUUUACAAGGUCCCAUGCUCCUGCGGCAAAGUGUACAUAGGAGAAACCGGGAGGAAGAUUAGUACACGAAUCGAAGAACACCAGCGAUGUGCCAAAUACGGCCACUUCUCACAAUCAGCUCUAGCCGAACACAAGAUUGAGACCGGACACGCCAUCCAGUUCGACAAAGCCACCAUGCUGGCUCAGUCCCAAAGCUAUUUCGCACGAAAACACCGCGAAG